GUCCCCGCUCCGCGCCACGCCGCCGCGCAGUCCCCGCGCCGCUCCGUGGGCCGCCGGAGCCGCACGUCGGGCCGCCCUCCUCUUCCUCCCCUCCGCCGCCGCCUCUCGCUAUGAAUGCACGCCGGGCCCUGCUCUCCGCCGCCUUGCUCGCCAGCCUCCUCUGGGAUUUACCUUGCUGCCUCCCGGCUUCCCUCCCCGCCUCCUCAGAGCUCGCCGCCUCCUCCAGGGGCGGACGGGGCCGCAGGGUGCCGCGGUCCCCUCGGGAGAACCGCCCACGGCAAGGGGGACACUCCGUGGGCCGGGCGCUGCCACGGGCGGAACCCCACGAGUACAUGCUGUCUCUGUUCAGGACGUACUCCAUCGCGGAGAAACUGGGCAUCAACGCCAGCUUUUUUCAGUCGUCCAAAUCCGCCAACACCAUCACUAGUUUUGUAGACAGGGGACGAGACGAUCUCUCGCCCGCUCCCUUGAGGCGGCAGCAGUAUGUGUUUGAUGUGUCGACCCUCUCCGAGACGGAGGAGCUGGUGGGGGCCGAGCUGCGGCUCUUCCGCCGGGCCCCCCGCGGCCGCCCGCCGCCCGCCGCCCCGCUGCACAUGCAGCUCUUCCCCUGCCUCUCGCCGCGGCCGCUGGACGCCCGGGCCCUGGACCUGCGGGCGGCCCCGGCCGCCGGCUGGGAGGUCUUCGACGUGCGGCAGGGCCUGCGGGAGCAGCGGCCCUGGAAGCGGCUGUGCCUGGAGCUGCGGGCCUCGGCGGGCCGCGGGCCGCCGCGCUGGCUGGACCUGCGGGGCCUGGGCUUCGGGCGCCGGACGCGGCCGCCGCAGGAGCGGGCGCUGCUGGUGGUCUUCACCCGCGCGCGGCGGCGGAGCCUCCUCGGGGAGCUGCGCGCCGAGCUGGGCGCGCCGCCGCCGCCGCCCGCCGGCCGCCGGCCGCCGCCUCGGCGCCAGCGGCGCACCGCCUUCGCCAGCCGGCACGGCAAGCGGCACGGCAAGAAGUCCCGCCUGCGCUGCAGCAAGAAGCCGCUGCACGUCAACUUCAAGGAGCUGGGCUGGGACGACUGGAUUAUCGCCCCGCUGGAGUACGAGGCCCACCACUGCGAGGGGGUCUGCGACUUCCCGCUGCGCUCCCACCUGGAGCCCACGAACCACGCCAUCAUCCAGACCCUCAUGAACUCCAUGGACCCCGGCUCCACGCCGCCCAGCUGCUGCGUCCCCACCAAACUGACUCCCAUCAGUAUCCUCUACAUCGACGCGGGCAACAACGUGGUGUACAAGCAGUACGAGGACAUGGUGGUGGAGUCCUGCGGCUGCAGGUAGCGGGCGGGACGCCCCUCGGCGCCAGCCGGGGCUGCGUCCGGCGGAGAUGCGGCGGCGAGCGGCGAGCGGCGGCGGCCCGCGCCCGCCCGCAGCGCG